AUGGAGAAGAUUAUGAAAACUGUAGGUCAUUAUGUAACUUUAGGUGUCAUUGAUGAGAAGAUGUGUACCUUUUUGAUAAAUCAGUCACCUACAACUCUGGUGCUUUAUAUACUUCCUAAAGUGCACAAAACUUUGAUUGAUCCUCCCGGACGCCCUAUUGAGGCCUCGGUGGAAUCUGUUCUAUCCCACCUGGCCAUCGUUCUUGAGAAAGUACUUACUCCUUUGGCUCAAUCUGAAGUGGUUCAAGGAUAUGACUGCUCGGAUAUAUGGCAAAGAAGUAAUCUUAGUACCAGUGGAAUAUACAUGAUAAAACCAAAGGAAGCUGAAUUCUCUUUCCUGGUAUACUGUGAAAUGUCUGAAAAUGGUGGCUGGACUCUAAUCCAAAGACACAAUGGAGCCGAUGGAUUAAGUUUUGAGAAAAUGUGGACAGAGUAUGAAAAUGGAUUUGGCAACCUCGAAGGUGAACACUGGCUUGGGCUCAAGUACAUUUAUGCCCUGACAAACCAGAAGGACAGGUCCUCCAAACUGCACAUCAGCAUAGGGGACUUUGAUGGCCAUGAAGCCUAUGCAGAAUAUGAUUCCUUUAGCAUAGGCAGUGCAAGCAGCUACUAUAAAUUGUCAGCAGGAAAUUACUCGGGUACAGCCGGAGAUGCCUUCCUUGGAGAUGGAAGUAACGGCACCAAUCACCACGGCAGCACAUUCAGCGCUGUAGAUCUUGCCACUGACAAUUGUCACCCAUUUUGUAUGGUUGGGGACAUCAUUUACCUCAGCUGUAGUAAACGAUUCAGUGCCGGCUGGUGGUUUAACGCCUGUGGAUCUGCAAAUCUGAAUGGUGUUUGGCGCUCACCACCAAGAUAUAGAUACUGGGCCUCAUCAGUGUCGUGGCCAACAUGGAGACCAAGCGAGUCCCUGAAAUUCAGUAAAAUGUAUGUGAUCUAA